UUCAUUAUUUGGUAUAGUUUGUGCCGAUAUACUAUAAGAUGACAAUUUUGAUAAUUAUUCUGCAUAACUGAAUUUAUUCUGACGGAUUCGUGGUAGUGACUAAAUUAGUACCUUUUAUAGUUUAUCAAUAAACUUAUCAAAAAUGUUGAUCAAAGUAAAGACGCUGACUGGUAAAGAGAUCGAAAUUGAUAUUGAACCAACGGAUAAAGUCGAGAGAAUAAAAGAAAGAGUUGAGGAAAAAGAGGGUAUACCGCCACAACAACAAAGGUUAAUAUUCUCUGGUAAACAAAUGAAUGAUGAAAAAACAGCCCAAGAUUACAAGGUCCAAGGUGGCUCCGUACUUCAUUUAGUAUUGGCAUUGAGAGGUGGUUUUUAGUUUAAUAAGUAAAAUCAUUUUUUUUUUUUAUUUGUUUACAUACUAAAACUAUUGCUAGAAUACUUAUGAAUAAUUAAUAAUUUAAAUAAGAUGAUUGGUGUUGAGAUAAUACAAGUGAAAAACUAAGCACUUAUAAAUUCGUUGAUAAAUUAUUAUCACUAAUAAUAAGUACAAGCGAUAAUUCAUAUUUGUAUUUGCUUAAUGAUUAAUUAAUACAAAAAAUAAAAUAAUUUAACUAUA